UACUUAUGGUAUUUGCGAUUUGUUGAAAUAAUAAUUAAACAUACGUUCGUAUUCCUUAUUAAUAUUUCAAGUUAAAAGUUGUGACCUGUGUUUUCGUGUUUGAAUAAUAAUAUUAAAUUGUGCUUAUUAAAAUUUAAGCAUUUUACUUAACCCAUUUUAUAAUAUCAAUAUGACGUUUUGUAUGGCUGUUAGUGAAAAAACGGUAGUAGUAUCUUCAAUAGAUGUUGAUAAAUGUUUUGUGUAUUCAUUAGACAGUGGAAACGUAAAAAAUCUCACUGAAAGUUUGGGCGAAGCUUAUAAAAACAUUCCAAUCAACAACCGUGACUUGCAAAAAGCGUGUGCAGCRUUUUCAGCUGAUGGCCAACUGUUUGCAUACAACCCCAACAAAGGUAAACUUCUAAGCAUCUGGAACACCACAGACUGGACGUUAGUUGAAAACAAAACACUUGCAAAACAUGCAACAAACAUAGUUUUCACACCAAAGACUAAUGUAAUUAUUGUUGGUGAUAAAAAAGGUGAUGUUUAUGCAUUUGAAGAACUACCUGUCCGAAUUCUGGGUCAUUCGUCUAUGAUUCUUGACAUUUGUAUUAGYGAGAAUGAAAAGUAUAUUGUUACAUGCGACAACGAUGAAAAAGUACGUGUCUCGCACUAUCCAAAUGGCAAAAACAUUGUGCAUUACAUGAUGGGGCAUGAGGCRUAUGUUAGUGGAAUUUGUUUAUUGAACAAUUUUAUCUUAUCUGGCUCUGGUGACAGUACACUGCGUUUGUGGGAUUUCGAUAAUGGUGAUCUUCUUGAUAAACUUACUCUACAAAAUGCAAUUCAAAGUGUCAUUGAAAUUGGUGAUUUAGCCGCUAUUCAAUUAUAUAACUCUAAAGAAGUACAUAUCAUUAAAACACUGAAAAAAGAUAACAAAUGGAAUAUUAAAAAUAUUAAAACUAUUCUGUUAGAAAACAAUGUAUUGGAUUUGGCAGUAUAUCGUAAUCAAUUGUGGAUUUUAACAGGUAAAUCUGUUCAUAAGUACACUAUUGAUGCUGAUAAUGAAAUCAUUUUAAAAAUUGAGGAUGCUGAAAUGUYACAURCAUUUGAAACAUUAAGUAAUUUAGUUAAAUCAUUUGUAUACAUGGAAAAUACUAAUUUGAUGGUUUUUCUUUUUAAUAAAAUGAUUGAUAAACAAAAAAGGAUUGAACAAAAUAUGAACAAUUGUAGUCCUCCUGUAUUACAAAAUACAAAAAGACUUAAAACCGCAUAAAAAUUGUAACAUUUAAGUUAUGUAUUUGUUAAUACUGUAAGACUGUUAGAAGUUAUUAUUUUUAUUCUGAUUAAGUAAUUAAGUUAAUGUGUUACAGCCAAAUUAUGUUUGUAAAUAUUUUAUAUAGUCUUAAAUUCUAAAGUGUAACAUGAAUAUAUUUAAUAUGUAAUUCUUAAACUAAUAUUUGUUGCUUACUAAUGAGCAAUUGUGUAUUUAUGUCAUAUACAUUAAUUAAUCUGUUCAACUUCAGUAUCCCAGAAAACACGCCAUUAUGACUUAUGAAUACUUAUUUAUUCUAUUACAAAAUUACAUUUAGUUUGUCAUUAAGUGCAAGUGAUGCAUACAUAGUUCUUUAAUUACACAUUCAAUGAAUACUGUCAGUUAAGAAACAAAUWUAAUACAAAUAUUUUAUCUAUCUAUCUACCUAUAUUAAUAUUAGUAUAUAAUAUAUAUGCAUAAUGCA